AACUGGUACCGCUCCAUUCAUCUCUCGAAUUUUGGUUUCCUUCUCUCUUUCACCGAUAAAACAAACUAAAUUCUUCUUCUUUCUACUGAAAACGAUAGUAAUGGCGACGAAUCCAAUCGAAGCGGGGAACGGCGACGCCGCUCCUAACCCUAACGCGACUACCAAACCCUCCGUCUACCUCCAAGACACGGAGGAGCUGAAGCGAGUCUUCAGCCGCUUCGACGCUAAUUGCGACGGCAAGAUCUCCGUCACCGAGUUGGACAACGUCCUCCGCUCCCUCGGAUCCGGCGUCCCGCCGGAGGAUAUCCAGCGCGUCAUGGACGACCUCGACACCGACCACGACGGAUUCAUUAACCUCUCGGAGUUCGCCGCCUUCUGCCGCUCCGACACCGCGGAUGGCGGCGACGCCGAGCUCCACGAUGCUUUCAACCUGUACGAUCAUGACAAGAACGGCCAUAUCUCCGCCACGGAGCUCUGCCAGGUGCUGAACCGCCUCGGAAUGAAGUGCUCCGUCGAGGAAUGCCACAACAUGAUCAAAUCCGUGGAUUCCGACGGCGACGGCAACGUCAACUUCCCCGAGUUCAAGCGGAUGAUGAGCAACAAUCGUGAAAAUGCUAGCAAUGGCGAAGAAAAAACCGAUUAGGCGCUUUGGAUUUGAUGUUUAUAGCUAGGCUGGGCAAGGCACAAUCUCUCUUGAAUAAUAAAUCUAUGCCUGUUUGUUAUGAUCGAUUUGUUAUUACUUUUACGCCUCGUUUCCUCUUUUUUUUUUUCUAUAAAUAUAAAUAUAUUUGUGUUGAAUCGCUGCGCAGAAUUAGAAAUCGAAUGAAAAACUAUUCCUAUGCUUGCCGUUUUA